GCUCGGGUCGCGCGUUCUCGGCCUGUCAUGAAGCUGCGAUGCGAGGUGCAGCGUGAGCGCGGCUAUACGACACGACGGUUUACAGUGUGUGAUAUCAUCUGACGUGACAAGUAACCUCCUUCUAUCCGCGAAACGGCGACACUUGACAUCGGAAAAUUGUGCGACAAGCAAAACACGCCGGAUCAUCGUCUAGGAUCUAUCUAUUCAUUCAUCUAAAUACAAUAGUAUCCAUCGUGCCAAAGACCACCGUCUACGUAUUCCUGAAUGAGGCUGAUGGAACCAUUGGGUGUGGCUCCGGAGGUUGUGGAGCUUGGGACAUUGAAACGAUGGUCAGACUAUCCUGUCCAGCACCGAUUCACUGAUUAUUCAAACACUCAAGGGGAGCCUGCUCACCAUCCGGCAAGUCCGUUUCCGUGCCAGCCACUGCUCAACAAUAAAAUUGCAUUAUGGACCGGAGACAUUUCCAUACUUCAGGUGGAUUCCAUUGUCAAUUCUACAAAUGAGACUAUGGAUGAUUACAGUCCUGCAUGCCAAUCAAUAUUUGCUCGAGCAGGAUCUGCUUUGAAAGAAGAAAUUUACGACGAGGUUAAAGAGUGCAAGACGGGAGAGGUGCGAACUACACAGGGUCACAAACUGCCGUCUCGGUACAUUAUACACACGGUUGGUCCGAUCUACAACAUCAAAUAUCAAACUGCCGCUCAAAAUACGUUACAUUGUUGUUACAGAAACGUUUUACACAAAGCCAGGGAGCUCGGCUUACAUAGUAUAGCUUUGCCAGUGAUUAAUUCCGUGAGACGAAAUUAUCCGCCUGAUGCUGGAGCACAUAUUGCGCUUAGAACAGUGAGAAGAUUUUUGGAGCAAUACAGCGACACGAUAGCCUGCAUAGUUUUUGUAUUAGAGGCCUGUGAUCUAGGAAUUUACGAGGUACUCUUACCGCAUUAUUUUCCGAGAACACCUGCGGAACAGGAAAACGCUCGUUGGCAACUUCCAAGUGAUAUCGGCGGAAUGGACGGCGAACCUCUGCUACCGGAUCGGCAGAUCCGAAUUAUUGACAAUCCACAACACGCAUUACAUGGCGAUGAAACUGUAGAGAUAUCUAGCCAACUAGAGACUUCGGUCAGCCUGGGUGAACAUGCAUUUACGCAGAUGCAAGGUGACUUGGACAGGCAGCGACUCCUUGGUGAAAGGCCGCUUGCAGAUCCGCUAGCCGACAUCAUGCUGAAGCAAAUGCAGGAGAAAGAGCGGUACGAGCGUCUUUUGCGACGGGCGAAGACCGAGGAUUUAACGGAGGUGUCGGGAAUUGGCUGCCUUUACCAAAGCGGUGUCGAUCGUCAGGGUCGUCCGGUUGUUGUGUUCGUCGGGAAAUGGUUUCCCUUCAACAAAAUCAAUCUCGACAAGGCCUUGUUAUAUUUAAUCCAGCUUCUGGAUCCCAUUGUUAAGGGAGAUUACGUAAUCGCUUACUUCCACACAUUGACGACAAGCAAUAAUUAUCCAGGACUUCAUUGGCUGAGGGAAGUCUACAACGUGCUUCCCUACAAGUACAAAAAGAAUCUGAAGCAAUUCUACAUAAUUCAUCCUACUUUCUGGACAAAGAUGAUGACUUGGUGGUUCACAACCUUCAUGGCGCCAGCGAUUAAACAGAAGGUUCACAAUCUGCCAGGCGUUGAAUAUCUUUACGAAGUUAUGUCGCCCGAUCAGUUAGAAAUACCAGCCUACAUAACGGAAUACGAUAUGACGAUAAACGGGCUACGUUACUAUCAGCCUGAUUAUACAUCGCAAUCGACAACGUAACUCGCAACACUCGUCGAUUCACGUAUCAACUUUAUAAUCGUUAUACCUAUUUCGUUUUUAAAGGAAAACAAGUAUGAAAACCAGUGUUUUUAAUAAGCAUAUUUAGCAUCAGUAUAAAAAUAUUCUAAAUACGUACGGCGUAUUCGACUAAUGCUGGUUACAUAUAUCAUUGACGAAAAAAAAUUGAGAGAAAUGAAAAAAGAAACGGAAACAGAAACAGAAACAGAAACAGAAACAACAACGCUCCAGCGUUUCCAGUACGCUUAGAAAAUGUAGACAUGUAGAUAUACUAUUAGCAUAAGUAGAUUAUCAAUUAAUAAAUAAUAUAAGGUGAUACGAUAGUGUGCUUAGGCGCGGUAAAAUUUAAUUGUUGAACAUAUUUGACCGUAGGUAAAGUGGAAAAAGAAAGAAGAAUGAGGAUGA